AUGGAGACCUUGUACCGGGUCCCGUUCUUGGUGCUUGAAUAUCCCAACCUGAAUCUGAAGAAGCCGCCCUGGGUGCACAUGCUGUCGGCCUUGACGGUGUACGCGCUGGUAGUCGUGUCCUACUUCCUCAUCACCGGAGGAAUAAUUUAUGAUGUUAUUGUUGAACCUCCAAGUGUUGGCUCUAUGACUGAUGAACAUGGACACCAGAGGCCAGUAGCCUUCUUGGCCUACAGAGUAAAUGGACAGUACGUUAUGGAAGGCCUCGCAUCCAGCUUCCUGUUUACAAUGGGAGGUUUAGGUUUCAUAAUCCUGGACCGAUCCAAUGCACCAAGUAUUUCCAAACUCAACAGAUUUCUCCUGCUAUUCAUUGGAUUUGUCUGUGUCCUAUUGAGCUUUUUCAUGGCAUGAGUAUUCAUGAGAAUGAAACUGCCGGGCUAUCUGAUGGGCUAGAGUGCCUUUUGAGAAGAAAUCACUGGACUCCAGACUUGCUCCUGUGAAUGAAGUUUGAAAGUCUGUACCAAUCCUCCAUGAAAUGUGGAAAGGAAGGAAGAACAGCAGGAAAAGAAGCUUGAGUGGAAACCUGGAAGCACAUUAAAGCUCAGACUAGAAUCUCUUGGUAUCAGAGACAAGUUUAUCACAGUAUCUUUUUUUCUGCUGCUGACCUGUUCUGAUAUCCCAACCAUGUUAAGUGGCAUUUUCUUACUUUUUCAUUUCUUAACAGAAAAAAAAUACUCCACUUCUCAAACUGUAAUAUUGAAUAAAGUGAUUAUUUUCU